GGUUCCUACCAAAAAUCCGCAAUCAACAACACCUUAUUCGUCUACUUCAAGCAGUUACAUCGCACCGCCUCGUUCUCUUCUUAGUUAGGCAUGGCGUUACCCGCAAGUGAACGCAUUGUCAUAGCCGAAACUGGGGACGUCUUUCUUACCCUACGCAAUCCCGGGGCACCUUUUGCUGUUUGGGAAUUUGACACCGAAGAUGUCGAUGCCGCCAGUGAGAUUGAUUUCGAAGAAGAAGGUAAUGAGCAAGAGGGCGAAGAAGAGAAUGCGAAUCGAGAGGGUCCGCGACAAAAGAAGAGGAAGAUGGUGGUAAAAUUGAGGGAGGGAGCAGAAGAUCAAGAUAUGUCAGAGGAUGGCGCAAACCCAGGAGCAAUGACGGACGACACAAUUCAACCCGCACACCCAAGUCUUGUGUACCAAGUCUCGUCGCAACACCUCAUCACAGCUUCGCCAAAGUUCAAGAGCGAGUUGACCUCUUGGAGCGAGAGUGUUAAAGGAGAUGAUGAUUUUUACCAUGUAAACACGACGGAUUGGGAUCCAGAAGCCUUUGCUAUACUGUUGAACGUGCUCCAUCUCCGCAUCCGGAAAGUGUCGAAGUCGCUCAGUUUGAAACUACUUGCCAAAGUCGCCAUGCUAGUGGACUAUUACAGAUGCUGGGAGGCUUUCGACUUGAUUGCUGAUGUGUGGAUCAAAGACCUUCGGAAGAAACACCCAGUACCAAAGACAUAUGGUCGCAAGCUGAUGCUGUGGAUGCUCAUCUCUUGGGUGUUUAACCUGGACAGCGAAUUUACCAGAACGACGAGAAUAGCAUUGCUGCAGAGUUCCGAGCCGAACAUUAGGGACAUGAAAUUGGGGGUUCCACCAGCUAUACUCCAUGCCCUAGAAUCUCGACGUUCAGAGACGAUUGAGGCGAUCAUAGCACGUUGUCAUGCUUCGGUUGACAGAUUUAGCGAUGCCUACACAUGCCCUUUCUAUGAAGAAGUCUCUUUCAAUUGUAGCUCUAUGCGGCUCGGUGCACUGGUGAAACAAAUGAAAGCCCUCGGAAUCUUUUCUCCGCAGCCGACUGCGCCGUAUGAAGGCUUCAGUAUCAAAGUUCUAGGCGAGAAAGUGGCGCUGAUAAGGUCUCCAGAGUGGCACCAUGCCACUCGCCGCGUUGGAGAUGGUUACGUAAAACACCCGUGCAACCUCGACUUUCGGGUAAGCCGGGCUGUUACCGAGAUUGUAGGGGGCGUUAUUGGGCUCGUACGGGGUGAUUUCGUGGAUCGUGGUGACGUUGAGGCCGAGUAAGCGCUCUACUACAACGAUAGUCCGAACGUCUGAGUGCGCUCGCUCCACUCACAGGCACAAUCGGCUCCAGAGAUCGCAUCACCUUGCUUACGUACAAGUCAUAGUCAACGAAGUGAACAUCGUCAAUAGUAAAGGAUUGGUUAUAUGACGAGUAUGUUGCAUUUGGCUCGUCAACCAUCUGCAUCCCAUACUUGACUCCGAACGCCCUCGUGGAAGUUGUAAGUGUGUUGACGUG